AUGUCCACUACCGAGUUGUAUCAGCAGCUUGCACAGUACGUUGAGCGCUCAAAGAAAAUCGAGCUUCUACGAAACUCGGAAAAGUAUGAGAAAGAAAAAUUCCGUAUAGAGCAGUUGGGGCUUGAGUGUUACAAGGAGAUCUACAACACACUGUCCAAAAUUUUCAACCAGAAGCGCGAAGAUUUAUUAACAAAGAAAAAGAAAUACGAAGAAUCGUACGCCAUUUACUCUAAUGUAACCACGAAAGUCAACGAAACAACCACUUUCAUCAACUCACAUGCAGCAUCUUUUGCUCCUGGUGCAAAACCAGUCUGUGCGCCAAAACGACCGUGUGACCCCCAAAAAAUUGCUGCGCUCAAACAAGAAAUUGAUUCUCAGAAGAAAGAUAAUGAUACCUUUUUAAAGAAGAUCAACGACAUUCCAAAGAAAUACAUUGAUAAGUCUAUUUUGGCUCACGACACAUAUUAUCAAGCAAUUCAUGAAUUCAUUACUGUCAUUGAUUUAGGAAAGGAGUCGAAACGACCAUCAAGUCUUCGUCUACAAUACAAGUGCCCAACUUACAAAGAAAUUUUGGACUCAUAUUUGGAAGACGAUUUAUCUAAAAUUGAUUCAACUUUUAAAAAUCUUCUCAACGUCUCUCAGAAACGAAAACUUGACAAGAAGUUUUCCAAAUCGCAGAGUCUACUCACCGUUCACAAGGAAGUCUCUCUUUCGAAUUUAAAAAUCGACAAAAAAUUGGUGACUCCAACAGUGAAACCUUCGAAUAUCUGCGAUAACCUCUUCAAUGAAAAAUUAUUUUUAGACCAACCAACUCGUGUGUGGGGAUAUAUCCCUGUUAAAGGGGACAACCCAUCUUAUGAAAUAAUUACCAAGAAUUAUAAACAAAAAGAUGGGAUUGUUACUCUGCCAACUGUCUUUCAACCAAACAUGCCAUGGUCGACUUUUAUGCGCGAUGCCGAGGUCUUUAUUGGUUUUGAUUCAUGUAUAGGUUAUGCUUUGCUCUCCAUCGUCGACUUGAAAAAAGGUGCCUUAGUCCCUCCAGAAUUUGCUUUCGAAUUUUACAAGGAGAACACCGCCUUAAUCUGUACUUUGAAGACAAAAGAAGGGGAAAGUCGUGCAGUGUUAGACAAAAAGUUUUUCAUGAAAAAUGGCACAUACAACUUGUCUUUGAUUUCUGCAAGUCUUGAGAUCUCGUCUUCACACAUCAAGUUUAAACCAAUUGACAAAGGAGGAAUCAAUUCUCUAAUAUGGAAAAUCGAUGAACUGAAUUCCCCAACUUCUUUUGAAGUUGCUGUUCGUUGCGUUACACCAGACAAUUGUGCAAAUGUUGCAAACGAUUCGAUGUACUCCGCCAACUUCGACAAGUUCAUGAUGACAUUUUCAUCGGCAACAAAGAUCAAAUCGGAGGGACGUUUCUCCUCAAUCGCUUCGCAACUGUCACAGACCGAUUAUUAUUUUUAUACACAACACGAUUGGUGCGAGGCUGGUUUCUUUGUAUCUGCUUUAAUGGGGAAACAAGACAGAAGCAUAUUUUUCUCGACCCCAAAGGUUACCCUUCUCUAUCUUGAUAAUACUGACCACCCUUUACAACUCGACAAUAUCGGUCUUGAUGAAUUAGCAAUUAUAGUAUGGAAGGAUUUGAAUGGGUACGCGUUCCGAGUUUAUCAAAAAGGCACUGCCUGUUUUGUUGAUACUUUGUUACCAAAAGAGGGAUACGUUGUACCAGACUUUCAAAUGCGAGACUUUAUGCUUUGUCUCAUUUCUGAUUGCUAUAAAUGCUAUCUAAACUCUCCAAUUUCAGGUGAUUGCAAACAAGAGCGUUUGAGACUCCUCAAAAUGAUAUCCAAACAAAAGAAGAACUAG